GUGUCUUGUUUGAAAACAGGUGGCGCACAGCCAUUGGCCAGCUACUAUAGGCAAUAACCAAUCGAAUGCCUCUGAAGUAAGCCGUCCAAUGAGCGCAUGGCAGCCCUGUGCUUUAAAUAUAUGCACUGUGCUCCAAUGAACUAUUCAUUCGUUCGUUUUGUUCUAAGCAGCGGAGAUCAUUUAAAACAAUGGCGAGAACCAAGCAGACCGCUCGUAAGUCUACUGGAGGAAAAGCCCCGAGAAAGCAGCUGGCUACUAAAGCUGCUCGUAAGAGCGCACCAGCUACCGGUGGUGUUAAGAAGCCUCAUCGUUACAGGCCCGGUACUGUGGCGCUGAGAGAGAUUCGCCGUUAUCAGAAAUCCACUGAAUUGCUGAUUCGCAAACUACCUUUCCAGCGUCUGGUGAGAGAAAUCGCUCAAGAUUUCAAGACGGAUCUUCGCUUCCAGAGCUCAGCUGUAAUGGCCCUGCAGGAGGCUAGCGAGGCCUAUUUGGUCGGUCUGUUUGAAGACACCAACUUGUGCGCCAUCCACGCCAAAAGGGUCACCAUCAUGCCCAAAGACAUUCAGCUGGCCCGCCGCAUUCGCGGAGAGCGCGCUUAAAUCCACAGCUGCAUCAGUCAUACAAACCCCAAAGGCUCUUUUAAGAGCCACCUCAAAAUAUAAAAGAUGAU